GCUAGGAUGCACAGCAGCUCACUCCGGGAACUGCAAAGACCCAGUCACUUAAGGAGGCGUGAGCAGGGUCUUAGCAGUUAGAGGCCUCCAAGAACUACAGUUUCCAGGACACACAGCGAAUUCCUGGCCUAGCUGCCCGAGUUGCCAGUUUUGAACUACAACAAGGAAAUCUCUCGCCUGUCCUGGGAACUGAGCGUCCUGGCCUUUGAGAGGGCUUUGCACGCGCUGUUCUCUCCACCAGGUGGACACCGUCGGUGUGACCACUCUGGCUGCUGUUUUGACAAGAGACCGUGGAGGGGCAAGGGUGGAAGCUGGAAGACCCAGAGGAGGCUACUGCACUAGUCUAGAUCUCCUGGGCGUGCUCCCUCUUCCCACCGCUCAUGCCGCUGGGACUGGGGCGGCGGAAAAAGGCGCCACCUCUGGUGGAAAAUGAGGAAGCUGAGCCAGGUCGUAGUGGACUGGGCGUUGGGGAGCCAGGGCCCCUGGGUGGAGGUGGGGCAGGAGGGCCCCAAAUGGGCUUGCCUCCCCCUCCCCCGGCCCUGCGGCCCCGCCUCGUGUUCCACACCCAGCUGGCCCAUGGCAGUCCCACUGGUCGAAUCGAGGGCUUUACCAACGUCAAGGAGCUGUAUGGCAAGAUUGCCGAGGCCUUCCGACUGCCAGCUGCUGAGGUGAUGUUCUGCACCCUCAACACCCACAAAGUGGACAUGGACAAGCUCCUGGGGGGCCAGAUUGGGCUGGAGGACUUCAUCUUUGCCCAUGUCAAAGGGCAGCGGAAGGAGGUGGAGGUGUUCAAGUCAGAGGAGGCGCUGGGACUCACCAUCACGGACAAUGGGGCUGGCUACGCCUUCAUCAAGCGCAUCAAAGAGGGUAGCGUCAUUGACCACAUCCAGCUCAUUAGCGUGGGUGAUAUGAUUGAGGCCAUCAACGGGCAGAGUCUGCUGGGCUGUCGGCACUAUGAGGUCGCCCGGCUGCUCAAGGAGCUUCCCCGAGGCCGCACCUUCACACUGAAGCUCACGGAGCCCCGCAAGGCCUUUGACAUGAUCAGCGUGCGUUCAGGGGGUGGUCGUCCUGGCUCCGGCCCCCAGCUGGGCACUGGCCGAGGGACUCUCAGGCUGCGAUCCCGGGGCCCUGCCACAGUAGAGGAUCUGCCCUCAGCCUUUGAGGAGAAGGCAAUUGAGAAAGUCGAUGACCUGCUGGAGAGUUACAUGGGCAUUAGGGACACAGAGUUGGCGGCCACCAUGGUGGAGCUUGGGAAGGACAAGAGGAACCCAGACGAGCUGGCUGAGGCCCUAGAUGAGCGGCUUGGUGACUUUGCCUUCCCUGAUGAAUUCGUCUUUGACGUCUGGGGUGCCAUCGGGGACGCCAAGGUCGGCCGUUACUAGGCUUCCUACUGGACCUUGCAAUGACCUGAGCCUGGCCCGGCGGGAACCCCUGGGGUGGGAACACCAGGGCCCAGACUCCAGCAUCUGGCUUGGCCCAGCCUUCGUCCUGGCCUUGGCCCAGCAGUCCCAGGAUGAUGUGGCCAGGAGGUGGGGCUGAGCCCCUGCCCUACUCCAGUUGGUACCGCCCCCUCCCUGGUUCCCAGCCUGGCUGGGGUCCCCAGAUCCCCUGUACUCCCGCCCUGUUCCCCACCUACCUCAGCCAGGUCAGGCUCUAGGAAGGACCAGCCAGAUUGGGCAACUAGUCCCCCCGCCCCCAGUACUUUCCACAUCAGCUGCCAAACUGGUGUCUCUGUCUCUCUGGGGCCUCGGGUUUUGUUUGGGGGUCCUGACCUCCCUGGUUUCUUAAUGUAGGGGAUCCAAAGGGGGGGCUUUCCCCCUCAGCAAAUGCAAUAAUCCCCCCUUUCUUCCACCCCCCUCCAGAGGAGCUCCCUACCUCCACAUUUGAAACAUGAGUCUGCUGUGAACCCCCCAACGUCCCCACCCCACACCUGUGUCUCCCUCAGCCCAGUCCCAGACAGACAGGGCAUGAGGGAUGGUGGCGAUGGGCUUUUGUAUCUGAAUUUGCUGUCUGAAACAUAAAGACUCUGCUGUUGGA